CAUUUUUAUGGAUUUCCGAUGAUUUCACGCAUCAUGCGCGACGUUCUUGCCGUUUCAAAUGCCGUCUCUCCCGUCGACCGACUCUUUUCGAAGUUGCGGCACGUAUGUACUGAUCCGUGGUUUUUCCUUGCGGCAGCAACUGUGACACAGUUUAUGUACACGAAACCAUGGAUCCGGUAA